AUGUCUUUUUCUUCCGUUUAUAAAGUGUUGUUCAAAAGAAAUUCAGUAUUUGUAGGUACAAUAUUUGUAUCAGCUUUCAUUUUCCAAGCUGUUUUUGAUACCUCCGUAACAUCAUGGUAUGAAAAUCAUAACAAAGGGAAAUUGUGGAAGGAUGUACAAGCUCGAAUAGCUGCAGGCAAUGGUGACGGAGAUGACGAUGACGAAUGA